AUGGAUCGAAUUUCUGCAGUGAGUUUGUGUGUUCUGCUUUUCACAGCUCUGUUAAUCUCAGUUCGAUCAGUGAGACAUUUGCCAGACAAGAAUCGCAGCGAAGUUACUGAAGACGUAGACGUCACAGAUCCAGUACCAGUAUUUGCAAACAAGGUUUUCUCUGAUGAAGAUCCAUGUGUUACAAUCCCAUACUCUGAGCUGCCAUUCUGUCCUCCAGGAAGUCCAAUAAAAAAUCGGAAGAAAUCCUUGGAAGAAAUUCUGGAGGGUGACUGCUUCACCAACACUCGAUAUGAGCUGAAUUUUAAAAUUGAUAAACAUGAAGAAACUGUGUGUGAGAAGAACUUGACAAAAGAUGAAAUUGCAAAGUUUAGGUAUGCUGUCAAAAACGUGUUGAGCUAUCACAUGUACUAUAACGGCAUCCAGUUGGAAAGUGAUGUAGGCUAUAUUGGAGAAAAUUUGAAUUUUCUUUUCAAACACAUCACCUUCGAGGUCUUUCACAUCGGAAACCAAAUUCAGGACAUCCAAAUUGUGACUGACUUCCAUUCCCGUUCAUCCGCUGGUCUACCUGAAGGUAAUGAUGGCAAGAAUGUUAAGUUCACAUAUUCUGUAUUCUGGAAGAACCUAGGAGAUAUUGAUGAUUUCUUGAAUACAACCUCAACGGAUGCACGGCAUUCCAGAUACUCAGUCCUAUAUUUUGGAUCAUUCAUUGCUUUCUGUAUUCUGUAUUCUGUGAUGGUUUUUUCGGUGAUUGCAUUUCACAUCGUGGAUUAUUUCAACUGGUAUUUCAAUCCAGAUGUAAGAGAAGCCAGAAGGUAUGCGAGGCAAAUCCAUGGUGAGGCAUGCAGGUGUCCUCCAUACUCCUCUUUACUCGGUGCUACCCUGGGCAUUGGCACUCAGCAAUUGAUUCUAUUUUGCGCCCUAUUUGUACUGGUCUAUAAAGGGUAUAUACUUCUAUGCAGUAAGACUGCUUUGCUUGCUUAUCUUCUUGUCAUAUAUUGGCUUACAUCUGCGGUUUCUGGGUACAUUGCAACUUCAUUUUACAGUCGAUAUACUGCAGCUGGAUGGAAAGAAUGUGUUUUCCAAACUGGGACUCUGUACCUUGUGCCAGCCUCGCUAACAUUUCUAAUAGUAAAUGAUAGGAUCUCCUUAUCAGAUCUGGCUGGAUCUAAUUACACCGCAUUGUUGAUGCUUUUCUCUUGGGGAGUAGGCACAUUCACAUUUGUAAGUGUGGGGGGCAUGAUGGGACAUACUUUUAGAGCUACACUUCAACCACGUUGUGGUACCAGCGAAAUUCCAAGGGUGGUUAAUCCUCAACUGUUUUGGUACACAAAGGCACCUGCUCAAGUGUUUUUGGGGGGGCUUUUACCUUUCCUUACAAUCUUCUGGGGAAUGGACGACAUAUAUGCAAGCCUGUGGAACCAUAAAGUCUGUGGCGCAUUCAGCACUCUGCUUACGCACUUCAUUGUGAUCAUCGUAAUGACUGUUGUUGUGGCUAUGUGUUCUACAUAUAUUCGACUCGGCCAGCAAUAUCAACAAUGGGCAUGGAGAUCUGUGUUUCGGGGUGGAUCAGCUGCCAUCUUCAUGUAUGCUUACUGCAUCUACUUCCACGUGAGAGCAAAUAAGAUUAAACCCAUGGAGCUGCUCUACUUUCUGGGAUGUAAUGCUUGCAUAUUCCAUGCUUUGUUUCUGGUACUUGGAACUAUUAGCUUUCAUGCUUCUCAAUAUGUUUUUCGCCGCAUGCACCGAGGAGUCCUCAGGGCCGAGUGACUCUCUCUAUUAUGUGGACACCAGCUAUUGUCUCUCCUAUACA